AUGAACGGCAACGGAGAUGGCGACCACACCAUGCGUGAUGUGAUCGACACGCCUGACUACACUGACUCAGAUACUGGCAUGACCACCACAGAGAGCAGCAUUGCAGGUGACCUGGAUGGUAGAAAGAAGAGAUGGGAGGGUCAUGAGCUGAGAAAGAGCGUCCUGGGCAAGAAGCACGACAAGCUGGGCGAAUCANAAGACGACUCUAUCCGCAGAUUCCGCUACCUCCUAGGCCUGACCGACCUCUUCCGCCACUUCAUCGACACGAACCCCAACCCUCGCAUCAAGGAGAUUAUGGCCGAGAUCGACCGCCAAGACGAAGAAGAGAAGGCAAGAGCUGGCAAAGCCCAAUCGCGCAAGGGAGGUGCAGGCGGCGAAAGAAGGAGACGCACAGAAAAGGAGGAAGAUGCUGAAUUGCUCCGCGCUGGCAAGCACGAAAGCGAUGAGUCCCGCACAAUCUUCCGCGAAUCACCCUCUUACGUGCAUCNNGGCCUAAUGCGCGACUACCAAGUCGCUGGUCUGAACUGGCUUGUCUCGCUGCACGAGAACGGUAUUUCUGGUAUUCUGGCCGACGAGAUGGGUCUGGGCAAGACCCUGCAGACGAUUUCCUUCAUCGGUUAUCUACGCUUUGUGUGUAAUAUCACUGGCCCUCACUUGGUCGCCGUACCAAAGUCAACCCUCGACAACUGGAAGCGCGAGUUCGCUAAAUGGAUUCCCGAUAUCGAUGUUCUGGUCCUCCAAGGAACCAAGGAAGAGCGCGCAAACAUCAUCAACGAUCGCCUGAACGAAGAGAAAUUCGAUGUUCUUAUCACGAGUUACGAGAUGAUUCUUCGCGAGAAGACACACCUGAAGAAGUUUGCAUGGGAGUACAUCAUCAUUGACGAGGCCCACCGUAUCAAGAACGAGGAGUCAUCUCUUGCUCAGAUCAUCCGUAUGUUCAACUCACGCAACCGCCUUCUCAUCACCGGAACACCUCUGCAAAACAACUUGCACGAGCUGUGGGCCUUGCUUAACUUCCUUCUUCCCGACGUCUUUGGUGAUUCGGAAGCCUUCGACCAAUGGUUCUCUGGACAAGACUCCGAUCAGGAAACCGUCGUUCAGCAACUGCACAGAGUUCUGCGCCCCUUCUUGCUGCGCAGAGUCAAGAGUGACGUCGAGAAGAGUCUAUUACCCAAGAAGGAGGUCAACUUGUACAUUGGCAUGUCCGAAAUGCAGGUCAACUGGUACAAGCGCAUUUUGGAGAAGGACAUCGAUGCCGUCAAUGGUGCUGGUGGAAAGAAGGAGUCAAAGACUCGUCUGCUCAACAUUGUCAUGCAACUGCGCAAGUGCUGCAACCACCCUUACCUGUUCGAUGGAGCCGAACCUGGUCCGCCGUACACCACCGACGAGCAUUUGGUCUACAACUCGGCUAAGAUGAUCAUGCUCGACAAGCUGCUCAAGCGUAUGAAGGCACAAGGAAGUCGCGUUCUCAUUUUCUCGCAGAUGAGCAGACUGUUGGACAUUCUCGAGGAUUACUCGGUCUUCCGUGGUUACCAGUACUGCCGUAUUGAUGGUUCAACAGCUCACGAAGACCGUAUUGCGGCCAUCGACGAGUACAACAAGCCUGGUUCUGAGAAGUUCCUUUUCCUCCUGACCACCCGCGCUGGUGGUCUCGGUAUCAAUUUGACAACUGCAGACAUCGUCGUUCUCUUCGAUAGUGAUUGGAACCCUCAGGCUGAUUUGCAGGCCAUGGACCGUGCUCAUCGUAUUGGUCAGACCAAGCAAGUUGUCGUCUUCCGUUUCGUCACAGAGAAUGCUAUCGAGGAGAAGGUGCUUGAGAGAGCCGCUCAGAAGCUCCGCUUGGAUCAGCUCGUCAUCCAGCAAGGCCGUGCUCAACAAGAAGCUAAGAAGGCCGCUUCCAAGGACGAGCUCUUGAACAUGAUCCAGCAUGGUGCUGAGAAGGUGUUCGAAGCAAAUUCUGGAAGCGCAUUCGCAAAGAACGGUGAAAUGUCUGAAGACGACAUCGACGCAAUCCUGAAGAAGGGUGAGGAGCGUACCGCUGAGCUGAACUCGAAGUACGAGAAGCUCGGCCUGGACGACCUUCAGAAAUUCACUUCAGAAUCUGCCUACGAGUGGAACGGCGAAAACUUCGAGAACAAGAAGAAGGUAGAGAUUGGCAUCAACUGGAUCAACCCCUCAAAGCGUGAGCGCAAAGACCCGGCAUCCUACUCGAUGGAUAAGUACUAUCGUAACGCUCUUAUGACGGGCGGCAGGACAGCCGACCCCAAGCCCAAGGUUCCGCGUGCGCCCAAGCAACAGGCUAUGCACGAUUACCAGUUCUUCAACCCUCAUCUUGCCGAUUUGCAAGACAAGGAGACCGCCUGGUUCCGCAAGGAGAACAACAUCAAGGCGCCACUUGCUGAAGGUGAUGAUGAGGACAAGGAGCAGCGCGAACAAGACCAGGCUCUGGAACAGCAGGCUAUUGAUGACGCUGAGCCUCUGACUGAGGAGGAACAGCGUGAGAAGGACAAGCUUGCUGCGGAAGGUUUCGGUGACUGGAACAAGCGUGACUUCCAGCAAUUUAUCAACGGAAGUGCCAAGUAUGGACGCACAAAUUACGAGGAUAUUGCCCUGGAGGUCGACAGCAAGGAGCCUGACGAGAUCAAGGCUUACGCCAAGAUCUUCUGGAAGCGCUACAAGGAGAUUGCCAACUGGGAGAAGCACAUCGACUCCAUCAACGAGGGUGAAGAGCGUCGCGCAAAGGUUGUUCAGCAUGGCAAGCUCCUCCGCCAGAAGAUGGGCAUGUACCGUGUACCACUGCAGCAGCUGAAGAUCAACUACACUGUCAGCACUACCAACAAGAAGGUCUACACCGAGGAAGAGGAUCGCUUCCUUUUGGUCAUGCUUGACCGCUUCGGCCUUGAGAGCGAGAACCUGUACGAGAAGAUUCGUGACGAGAUUCGCGAAUCACCACUCUUCAGAUUCGAUUGGUUCUUCCUCAGCAGAACACCACAAGAGAUCGGACGUCGCUGCAACACUCUUAUCACUACUGUUGCUAAGGAGAUGGCCGAGGCGAACGGCGAGAAGCUCAAUGGCUCAAAGGGUAAGAGAGUUGCUGACGAAGAAUCGAGCGAGGAGGAGGAAGUCAAGCCCACUACCAAGAAGGCAAAGGGCAACGUCAAGAACAAGCAGCUUGACACAGUAAAGGGCGGCAGUAAGGCAGCAUCAAGCACAUCAUCUCGUGCAGGCAGUGUAGCAUCAACCGGCUCCAACGGAACCACCAAGGGCGGUGCCGCUGCUGUUGUGACAAAGAGCGGCAGAGCAUCGCGCAAGAAGUAG